GGAAGUUGGAACAGCGGAACAGUCGAGUUUGGAGAGGAGAAAACAUUCACUUGUUAAAACACAAUUUGUCAGGGAAACAUGUCACGGCUUCUCGCGUUCACCCUCUGGUUGGUAACUUGGCUUCCAGGUUCUCUAUGUACAGUGACCACGGUGGGAGAGUUCUCAGUGUUGGAGGGCCGUUCGCUCACAGUGCCGUGUCAUUACGAGGCUCAAUAUGCCAGCUAUGUAAAGUACUGGUGUCAAGGGAGAAUGAGGGAGUUCUGCAGCAGCCUCGCCCGGACAGAUACCCCAACACCCAGUGGCGCCGAGGGGAGGGUGAGCAUUUUUGAUGACCCUGUCCAGCAGGUUUUUACAGUGACCAUGACAGACCUGAAGGAUGGGGACACCGGCUGGUACUGGUGUGGUGUGGAGGUGGGUGGUGUAUGGACCGCUGAUGCGGCCGCCUCGACGCACGUCACGGUCAAUCAUGGUAUGUUUGCUGUGAACAAUAAAGUAAUUGGAGAGGAAGGGAGCAGCGUCACAGUUGAAUGUCUUUACAGUGAGAGAUACAGAGAAAGUGAGAAGAAGUGGUGUCGCAGUGGAGACUGGAGCUCCUGCCUGGUGACAGGCCCUGAUGGGAGGUACGAGGACGCCUCAGUGGCCAUCACUGAUGACAGAAUUGGGACUUUGGCUGUAACCUUAAGGGAACUGAAGAUGCGAGAUACUGGCUGGUACUUGUGCGCCGCUGGACAGCAACGGCUGGCUAUGCACGUGACGGUCACGCCACGACCCUCAACCACAGCGUCCUGGAGGACAUCUUCACCAGUACCAAGUCAGUCGACUACGUAUCUACAACCAACGCCCAUGAAUACUGCAAAGGAAUCCUGGGACUCUCAUCGGGGUACCCCGGGGAUCAAGGUGACCUUCAAAAUGCCACCAUCCUCUUCCUCAACAGGGAUUCGCAGAAUAUGGAUGGAUUCUGAGUCCAGUUCAGAUCAACUAAUUGUUCAGUGUAGGGUCAAAAUAAACUCAAAUAUGUACAUUUCGUUCUAGAUCGAGGAUGUGCGUUGUUACCUCCGUGUGACAUUAUUCUCUUAUGCUGUUUAUUUGAAAAGUUACGACUUAGCAAAGUUGUCUUUCCAUUGUCAUUUCUCUAUAUCACACAUUGUUCCACAAUUCCUUCAUUCAAUAAAGAGCUGAAGUGGAUACUGUCUGACUGUUAAGAGAUAGAUAGAUAGAUAGAUAGAUAGAUAGAUAGAUAGAUAGAUAGAUAGAUAGAUAGAUAGAUAGAUAGAUAAUUAGAUAGAGGGAUAGAAACUAAUUCAUCCCAGGAGGAAAUGGUUUUGGACAACACACAGUAACAGAGAGCACAAAAUAUAUAAGACACGGCAACAGAAACACAAAAAUUUUCUAUUUUGAACACUAUUUUUUCAAACUCAGUGAUGUCACCUCCCAACCCAAAUAGUCACAACUACAAUGCUAAUGAUCAGAUAAUCAUUCAUUAUUAGUAUUGUUGUUGUUUCAACAUUGAUGAUGAUAAUAUUAUUUUAAUAAUGGCAAUUCCAAUACAAUGAGGAGCCAGCUAAUGUUUUAUAAUGUCUUAUUUUGACUCUAACUUCAACUUUAAUCUACUGAAUUAUUCAUUGUGAAAGUUGUCAUUGUCAUUCUAUUUUACUUUAUUCUAUUCUAAAUCAUCUAAGAUGGAGUACUCCAUUCUGUCACUGGGUGGGGAUCAACCCUUUUAUAAAUCCAUCGCCCUGCCACAUUGACUAUGUAGCAAUCAUAUUAGAGUGUGUGUGUGUGUGUGUGUGUGUGUGUGUGUGUGUGUGUGUGUUUGUGUGUGUGCGCGUGCGUGCGUGCUUCACUGACCAAACAGCUUACUCCAGACACAAAAAUGAAUGACAGUAAAGAAGUUAUAGUCAGUCCAAAUUGUUGUUUGACAGGAUGCUCUAUUCAGACGUAAAAGUAUUUUUUCCUGUUCUAUUAAAUCUGUGAACGCUCCAAA